CAGCCACAGUGCCCUGCUCAGAAGCCCCGGGCUCGUCAGUCAAGCUGGUUCUUGGUUCGCGCUCGGCAGCGCAGGCAGGCGAGUGGUCCUCAGUUCCGGGUGCAGAGCAGCAGCGCCCCAGUCCUGGUCCUCCAGCUCCAAGCCUCGCCUGCCCGUCCAGCGCCAGGAUGGCCACCAUCACCUGCACCCGCUUCACGGAAGAGUACCAGCUCUUCGAGGAACUGGGAAAGGGAGCCUUCUCGGUGGUGCGCAGGUGUGUGAAGGUGCUGGCUGGCCAGGAGUAUGCUGCUAAGAUCAUUAACACCAAGAAGCUGUCGGCCAGAGACCAUCAGAAGCUGGAGCGUGAAGCCCGCAUCUGCCGCCUGUUGAAGCACCCCAACAUCGUCCGGCUCCACGACAGCAUCUCUGAGGAGGGACACCAUUACCUGAUCUUCGACCUGGUUACUGGUGGGGAGCUGUUUGAGGACAUCGUGGCCCGGGAGUAUUACAGCGAGGCUGAUGCCAGUCACUGUAUCCAGCAGAUCCUGGAGGCCGUGCUGCACUGCCACCAGAUGGGUGUGGUGCACCGGGACCUGAAGCCGGAGAAUCUGCUAUUGGCUUCCAAGCUCAAGGGCGCCGCGGUGAAGCUGGCGGACUUUGGCCUGGCCAUAGAGGUGGAAGGGGAACAGCAGGCAUGGUUCGGGUUCGCAGGGACGCCUGGAUACCUCUCCCCGGAAGUGCUGCGGAAGGACCCGUAUGGGAAGCCUGUGGACCUGUGGGCCUGUGGGGUCAUUCUGUACAUCCUGCUGGUUGGGUAUCCGCCAUUCUGGGAUGAGGACCAGCACCGCCUGUAUCAGCAAAUCAAAGCCGGCGCCUAUGAUUUCCCGUCACCAGAAUGGGACACUGUCACCCCGGAAGCCAAGGAUCUGAUCAAUAAGAUGCUGACCAUCAACCCAUCCAAACGCAUCACGGCCGCCGAGGCCCUCAAGCACCCUUGGAUCUCGCAUCGGUCCACUGUGGCCUCCUGCAUGCACAGACAGGAGACCGUGGACUGCCUGAAGAAGUUCAACGCCAGGAGAAAACUGAAGGGAGCCAUCCUUACCACCAUGCUGGCUACCAGGAACUUCUCUGGAGGGAAGAGCGGAGGAAACAAGAAGAAUGAUGGUGUGAAGGAAUCUUCAGAGAGUACCAAUACCACCAUUGAGGAUGAAGACACCAAAGUGCGGAAACAGGAGAUUAUAAAAGUGACAGAGCAGCUGAUCGAAGCCAUAAGCAAUGGAGAUUUUGAGUCCUACACGAAGAUGUGUGACCCUGGGAUGACAGCCUUCGAACCUGAGGCCCUGGGGAACCUGGUCGAGGGCCUGGACUUCCAUCGAUUCUAUUUUGAAAACUUGUGGUCUCGGAACAGCAAGCCCGUGCACACCACCAUCCUGAACCCCCACAUCCAUCUGAUGGGUGACGAGUCGGCCUGCAUCGCCUACAUCCGCAUCACGCAGUACCUGGAUGCCGGUGGCAUCCCCCGCACGGCCCAGUCGGAGGAGACCCGUGUCUGGCACCGCCGGGAUGGCAAAUGGCAGAUCGUCCACUUCCACAGAUCUGGGGCGCCCUCCGUCCUGCCCCAGUAA